UUCAUUCAGCAACUGGGCUGCAGUCAUCCAAGGGAAAAAGAGCGGCUGUUUUGGCUGCUACUGCUCUAAAUCUUCUGCAGAGGCUGCAGAAGCACAGGCUUCAGCUGGGAUACUAAAAGAUCCUUCAUUAUUCAGGACUAGAAAUUAGAAUUUCUUCCACGAAAAUCAUCAAAAUGGCUGCAUGGGCAAGAAUUUUAUUCUGUUUACUUGCACUUUCCUCUACUGUGAAUGCCCAAGGAAUUGUCUAUGAUCUCCUGGUGUCUCCGGACUGUUUGCCUGAUCUGCUGCAAGGAGGACUGAAGACUAAAAAUGUGAACGACGUUUUCAUCCUGACAACCUUCCAGCUCCACAAUAAAGCUCCAACACGUGUUUUUCGCAUUUACAAUCCUGCCGAUAACAGCGAUUAUUUUGAUUUCACUAUGCAUGGAAAGCUCAACAAAGUGUCUCUGAGGUAUCUGAAAAGCAAUGGAAAGAUGGGCAUUGCCAACUUCAUUAAAGUGCCGCUGGCAGAUGGCCGCCCGCACAACGUCAUACUGCACUUCAGCGGGCUGACACACGGCACACCCAGCAUGGCCCUGUAUGUGGACUGCAGGCUGGUGGAGAUAGUGGAGGACUUACCGGUCGCCUUCAAGAUGCUGCCGUCUGGCCCCAACAGAGUGGCCCUGAAAACCAUGCCAACUACAGCACAGGAUAGUUUGUCAGACCUUAAGCUCGUCCUGGAUGAGUCUGUUGAGAACGUUGUGGAGCUUCAAGAUUGCACUCUCCAGCAGGGUGAAUCACUGCAAUUACUGGGACUUACAUCAAAACUGGAGGCAGGUCCCAUGUUGGAACUUGUAAGGAUGAUGCAAGAACUAAAAGAGAAGAUGGACCAGCAGAUCCGAGAGACUGCCAACAUGAGAAAAAUAAUUAUGGAGUGUAUUCCGUGUGAUGGACAAAAAGGAAAAACAGACAUGCCAGCCAAGUGUGCUCCAGGAGUUUGCUUCCAGCAGAGCAUGUGUAUUGAGACAGAGCGAGGCUAUGAGUGUGCACCCUGUCCUAAAGGCUACACUGGAGAUGGAGUCCACUGUGACGAUGUGAAUGAGUGUCAGUUCAACCCGUGUUUCUCCAGUGUGCGCUGCAUUAACAUGGCUCCAGGCUUCAGAUGUGAGAGCUGCCCCAGAGGCUACACUGGGGAGGUUGUGCAGGGGGUGGGCAUCACCUAUGCCCAAACACACAAGCAGGUCUGCACUGACAUAGAUGAAUGCCAAAGCUCAGACAACGGAGGCUGCACCCCUAAUUCCUACUGCCAUAACACUGUGGGUUCCUUCCGCUGUGGAGAGUGUAUGCCUGGUUUCUCUGGAGACCAAGUGAGGGGCUGCAGGUCUUCUAGACCAGGUUCUGACUCUAGUACUGGACCAGGCUCUGGCUCUGAUACUGGACCAGGCUCUGGCUCUGGUACCGGACCAGGCUUUGGAUCUGGUACCGGACCAGACUCUGGUACUGCUGCUUCUGCUGCUCUCUCUAGCAGGCAGUGUGGAAACGGCCAGACCAACCCCUGUGACAUCAACGCUGAGUGUAUAGUUGAGAGAGACGGAAGCAUCAGCUGUGUGUGCAACAUCGGCUGGGCAGGCAACGGCUAUGUGUGUGGCAAGGACACAGAUAUUGAUGCUUAUCCUGACAGAAAACUUCAGUGCCAGGAUGCAACCUGCAAAAAGGACAACUGCAUGUCCGUGCCUAAUUCCGGCCAGGAGGACGCGGACAGGGAUGGAAAGGGUGAUGCGUGUGAUGAAGAUGCAGACAAUGAUGGUAUCCUCAAUGAGAAGGACAACUGCUGGUUGAACCAGAACGUAGACCAGAAGAAUAGUGACGACGAUCUUCACGGUGAUGCAUGUGACAACUGUGUAAAUGUGAAUAAUCCAGACCAGCGGGACACAGACCAGGAUGGACUGGGAGAUGCUUGUGAUGAUGACAUGGACGGCGACGGUUUGAAGAAUAUUCUAGAUAACUGCCAGACAGUUCCUAAUCCUGACCAGCUGGACAGUGAUAACGAUGGUGUGGGAGAUGCUUGUGACAGCUGCCCUGAGGCGCCCAAUCCCACUCAGUCUGAUGUUGAUGACGACCUCGUGGGAGACACAUGUGAUACUAACAUAGACAGUGAUGGAGACGGACACCAGAACACCAAAGACAACUGCCCCACCAUCAUCAACAGCUCGCAGCUAGAUACAGACAAGGACGGGCAUGGGGACGAGUGUGAUGAUGAUGAUGAUAACGACGGCAUCCCUGAUGAUAAAGACAACUGCAGGCUGGUGCCCAAUAAAGACCAGGCAGACGAAAACAAUGAUGGGGUGGGCGAUGCCUGUGCUGGAGACUUUGACCGGGACCAUGUGAUCGACCGAAUCGAUACUUGCCCUGAGAAUGCAGAGGUCACACUGACCGACUUCAGAGCCUAUCAGACCGUGGUGCUGGACCCAGAGGGCGAUGCUCAGAUUGACCCCAACUGGGUCGUCCUCAAUCAGGGCAUGGAGAUCGUUCAGACCAUGAACAGCGACCCAGGACUUGCAGUGGGUUACACAGCCUUCAACGGGGUUGAUUUUGAGGGCACCUUUCACGUGAACACAGUGACUGAUGAUGACUAUGCUGGCUUCAUCUUUGGCUACCAGGACUCGUCCAGUUUCUACGUGGUGAUGUGGAAGCAGACAGAGCAGACCUACUGGCAGGCCGUGCCCUUCAGGGCUGUGGCCGAGCCUGGCAUUCAACUCAAGGCUGUAAAAUCUAAGACGGGGCCUGGGGAGUUCUUGAGGAAUUCUCUGUGGCACACUGGGGAUACCAAGGAACAGGUGCGUCUGCUGUGGAAAGAUCCUCGCAAUGUGGGCUGGAAGGACAAAGUCUCGUACCGCUGGAACCUGCAGCACCGACCUCAAGUGGGAUACAUCAAGGUCCGCUUUUAUGAAGGCACCAGCCUGGUGGCAGACUCUGGAGUGGUCAUUGACACGAGUAUGAGGGGUGGCCGCCUGGGUGUCUUCUGCUUCUCGCAGGAAAACAUCAUCUGGUCCAAUCUGAAAUAUCGUUGUAAUGAUACAAUCCCUGCAGACUAUGAGGAGUACAGCGCGCAGCACAUCUCCAGCUAAGAGGAUACAGACAGAACUAAACCAUGCAGUAAUUUAAAGGGGCGCUCCUGCUAUAAAUGCUUACGUGGCUAAUAAUAAUAAUGAUAAUAAUGAAGAUAGAAUGGGUUUGUUUUUGUAAAGUAAAUGAAUGUUGUCCACAUCAUUUGGCCAUGUUAGCAUUUUUUGGCUAAGCAUUGCUUAAAGCAGUCAGUCAGUUGGCAAAUCGCUCAUUUGGGUGACAAGGGCAGAAACCGAUUCACUGAUUUUUUUGCUUUAUUCAGAUAUUGGAUUUAUCCACCAGCAUCAGCACACCUGGUAGUAACUCAUUCCCUUUUAUAACACUAUGUAAUUAAUAAUUAUGUCUUGUAGCUGAUGGAUUUGAAUGACAUGUAUGCCAAGACUAGCAUUAACAUACUGGUAGGAAUAAUUUCAAAGGUCUUGGAAUCUGAUUAUCUUUAAUGGGACAGACCUGAAAACACUGGGGUUAAUGGUCUGUUUUCACUAUGAAUGGACAGGUUAACAAAGUCAUAAAGGUCAGUGUUGACCUCAGAUGAAUAUGUUUUCUGAUUUAUUUUGGAACUGCAGUAUGCUUUUUUAACAUUUUAAGGAAUACUCAGUUUUUUUCAAGCUUACCUCUGUCUGCCUUAUCUGUACAUGCAGCAGAUGGAGAUUAGCUUGAAAAAUGCUGAAGUGCUCCUUUAAGGCUCUUCAUAUUAUUCAUGCAACCACAGCACAUAAUAUAUGUACUACGUUACAUACAGAAAAUAACUUCAUCCUUCUGCAUUAGCCCACUUUUACAGUUCAAAUAUACAUGUACAGAAGCACUUAGUUCAAACCCAACUUUAUUUCCAGGGUGAAUCAACACAACUUAUAUUUUUGUAACUUUUCAACUUUUUUUGUAUUGAAAGGCCAAACAAAUAAACAACAACAAAAAAAC